AUGAACGACCGCAAAGACGAGCCAGAGCUCCUCUGGACUACCCCCACUCCCGGCCAGACAUCAAUGGACAAAUAUCGCCGACAUGUCAACACCCGCUUCUCCCAGAAUCUCAGGACCUCUCGAGAUCUUCAUCGGUGGAGCGUGCAUAGACCACACGACUUCUGGAGAGACUUGUAUGCCUACCUAGAUCUGAAGCCUCGCCUGCCGCCGGGGAAGAAAGCCUACGACGACACCAUUCCCAUGAGUGCCAAUCCGAAGUGGUUCCAUGGCCAUGAGAUGAAUUAUGCCGAGAAUGCGCUGUUUUCCAACCCGAAUGAUGAUGCUACAGCCUUGAUCGGCCUUCGAGACGACACGGACACGAGUUCGAUUCUGACCUGGGCCGAGUUUCGCGAGCAAGUAAGAAUUGCUGCCAGCGCACUCCGCCACUGUGGAAUCAAGAAGGGAGACCGGGUUGCAGCACUCGUAGCCACAUCCAUCGCAGCCCAGGUCUUGUAUCACGCAUCUGCCAGCAUUGCUGCAAUCUUCACGUGCAUCAGCCCUGAUCUGGGACUUGAGGGCUGUGUUUCGCGCUUGAAACAAGUACGACCUACCAUCAUGUUUGCCGACUCUCACACAAUCUACAAGGGAAAGGCGGUAUCGACAAUCAGCAAAGUCGAGAACGUAGUGAAGCGUCUGGAGCUGCAGCCACAGCUCUUCAUUGUGCCUCUCAAGCCGUCGUCGACCAACCUGUGCAUGUUCGACGACUUUCUGCGGAAAGCUAAUCCUCAAGAUGAUUUGACAUUCACGCGAGUUCCAUUCAAUUAUCCUUUGAUGAUAUGUUACUCCUCAGGAACAACGGGAGAGCCCAAAUGCAUCGUUCAUCAACACGGACUGAUCCUGCAGCUCAAGAAAAUUGCCGUGGUGCACAACAAUACCACGCCCAAGGACGUGAUCAUGCAGUAUUCUUCGACUUCAUGGGUGGUCUUUUACGUCAUGAACGGUGUGAGUCGUGGUGCAACGACGAUAGUCUACAAUGGGAGCCCGAUGUAUCCUGAUGCGAAACAGCUGCUCAGAAUGUGUGAGAAAUAUGCCGUCACGUACUUUGGCUCCUCGCCUAGGUAUCUUCUGGAACUCGAAAUGUCCAAGACCAUUCCUAAGCAGGAGUUUGACCUGAAAUCUUUGAGGAUUGUCUAUACGACAGGAGCAACUCUCUCGGCCGAACAAUACCGAUGGUUCUAUCGGUCAUUUCCUUCUCAGGUGCAUCUUUGCAAUACUGCUGGAGGAACAGACACGGCGACAUCUCUGAUCGCUGCUGAUCCCGCCGGGCCAGUCUAUGCUGGUGAAAUGCAGAUAUUCGCACUUGGUAUGGACGUCGAUGUGGCUCAUCCCGAGACAGGCCAGAGCAUCCUAGAAAGUGGUGAAGCAGGUGAAAUGGUCGUGCGGCGCCCUUUCGCGAGCAUGCCGUGCUUUUUCUGGGGUGAUGAGGAUGGAAGCAGGUACAGAUCGUCGUACUUUGAGAGGUUCGACAACAUCGAUGUCUGGGCUCAGCACGACUGGCUGCAGUUCAACCCGAAGACGGGUGGUCUCAUCAUGCACGGGAGAAGCGACGGAGUCUUGAACCCAUCUGGCAUACGCUUUGGCUCUGGCGAAAUCUACUCAAUCGUGGAAGCUCCGCCGUUUACUGAAGACAUCUCACAGACCUUGUGUGUUGGACGUCGAAGACCACAGGACAAAGAUGAAGACGUCUUCUUGUUCUGUGUGAUGCUCGAAGGGCAUGUAAUGACGCCCGAGCUGGUGAACGCCAUCCGCAAUGCCAUCAAAACCAGCCUAUCUGCGCGUCACGUCCCACGAUUCAUCAUUCAGGUUCCUGAGAUCCCCACCACGAUCAAUGGAAAGAAGGUUGAAUCGGCUGUCAAGCAGACUAUAUCUGGCAAAGAUGUCAACCCGAGCAACACGGUCUCCAAUCCGCACGCGAUCGCUUACUUCAAGCGCUUCCGAGAAAUCGAGAGAGAGCCUAGGCCGGCCAGAAUAUAA